AUAGGUUCUAGGGAUUUGCGGCACAGAAAGCCCGAGUAAAGGGAGUCAGAGACGAAGACUCUGUCACUCCACCUACACGUGGCCCAGGUCCUCUGAGAGAGUCCAGCAGGCAGCAGAACCAGCGGGAGCCGCCUCCUUCAGGACCCCCACCUUCCUGCCCCUUCUUGCCCCUCAGUGCCUGCUGGAAAGCCAGACAGGGGGAGAAGACAAUGGAGCCAGACAGGACUCAGAUAAAACUUGACCCCAGGUACACGGCAGAUCUUCUGGAGGUGCUGAAAACUAAUUUCAGCAUCCCCUCUGCCUGCUUCUCUCUCGCUCCCACUGCUGCCCAACUUCUGAGAGCCUUGGGCCCUGCAGAAAUUGCCCUCACAGUCAUUAUGACUCUGCUUGCCCUGGGCUCGGUCACCAUCUUCGUGGAGGAUGCUGUCUACCUGUACAAGAACACCCGUUGCCCCAUCAAGAGGAGGACUUUGCUCUGGACCAGCUCUGCACCCACGGUCGUGUCUGUGUUCUGCUGUUUUGGUCUCUGGAUCCCUCGUUCCCUCAUGCUUGUAGAAAUGGCCAUAACUUCGUUUUACUCAGUAUACUUUUAUCUGCUGAUGCUGGUCAUGGUGGAAGGCUUUGGUGGGAAGGAGGCAGUGAUAAGGACACUGAAGGACACUCCGAUGAUGGUCCACACUGGCCCCUGCUGCUGCUGCUGCCCCUGCUGCCCCCCACUCAUGCUCACCAGGAAGAAGCUUCAGCUGCUGAUGUUGGGCCCAUUCCAGUAUGCCUUCUUCAAGAUAACACUGAGCCUGGCGGGCCUGUUUCUCAUCCCUGAUGGCAUCUAUGACCCAGCAGAUAUUUCUGAGGAGAGCAUAGCUCUGUGGAUCAACACCCUCCUCAGUGUGUCCACCCUGCUGGCCCUCUGGUCCCUGGCCAUCCUUUUCCGUCAAGCCAAGCUGCACUUGGGCGAGCAGAAUAUAGGAGGCAAAUUUGUUCUGUUCCAGGUGCUCCUCAUCCUGACCGCCCUGCAGCCAUCCAUCUUCUCAGUCUUGGCCAACAGCGGGCAGAUUGCUUGUUCACCUCCCUUUUCCUCUAAAAUCAGGUCUCAAGUGAUGAAUUGCCACCUUCUCAUACUGGAGACUUUUGUAAUGACUGUGCUGACACGCAUGUACUACCGAAGGAAAGAUAACAAGGUUGGAUAUGAGCCUUUCCCUUCCCCAGACCUGGAUUUGACUUCAAAGCCUGAGGUGGACAGUUUGGACAAUGAGCCUGUACAUAUUAAACGGGCACAAGAUUUCCUCACUAUCCCUCAACCUUGA